GCGAGAGAUUCCGCGGCAAUCACAUGUUGAAGUGCGUUUUCUGCGGCCACGAGUUCCAGGGCAACCAGUUCGUGGCAGCGCGCCAUUUCCGCCAGGGCAAGGGAUGUCCGGAGGUGACAGACGAGGCACUUGUCGACAUCCACUAUAACAGUGAGUACAAGAUGUCCGAGAAGUUCCUAGAGCGGAUACAGCGAUUUGAGGAGCUUCACGAUGCGGCGCCUGCGGUGGAUCCGCAAUGGGACGAGUGGGGGGAGGGAGAGAUGAGGGACGCGGGGGAGCAGAUCAACGUGGACGACGACAACGAGGAGGUUGCACGGGCGGGGUUGUCAAGGAGGGAGCAAGGGAAGGGCGUUGUCAGCGAGCCUGGGGGGCAGCAGGGUCAGUACUUUGCGUCGGCGCACGUGUCGGUUCGUGCACGGGCAGGUGCGGAUACGCCUGAGGCAAGUACGUCUGCGGGGAAGAGGAAGGAGAGAGAGGAGGGGGACAGACCGACGGCAGCAGUCGCAGCACAGAAGAAGAUGAGACAGAACACAAUCACGGAGUCGUUCACUUCAAAGUGGCAGAUGGAGUUCAAGAAGAAGUGGCUGCGGUUUGUGUACAAUCAGCGCUUGGUGUUCAACGUCUUCCGGAGCGAGCCAUGGUUGGACGUCGUCCAGCACUUCAGGGACUUGCCGGGGCCAGUGAAGGUGUUGUGGCCUUCAGAGAAUGAGAUCGCGGACAUAGAGACCAUUGUCCACACGACGGACGAUGUGGGAGCUGAUCUCGCGGAGGUCAGGGUUCCUUUCUAUGUCACGGGGGCCACCAUUAUGUCAGACGGAAGGAAGUCACGCGAUGCUAAACCCAUCGUUAACUUCCUUGCCGGCGGGUCGCGUGGGGUGAUGCUCGUGUUCGAUGACUUCCCCCCUAAGUGGGUGAACGCCAUCUGCACCGACUUCGCCUCGGCGUACGUCGCCGCGGCGAACAUGUUCCAGGGGCCCCAGCAGAGGCCGGAGCAUCGACGGAUCACGUGGCUCCCAUGCGCAGUGCAUGUCUGCAACAAGAUGUUGUCAGACAUUGGCUGUUCGGGCCCGUGGUCCAAGGACAUCAUCGUGAGGGGGAGAGCGGUGGUGCGCUUCAUUAAGGAGCACGGCGCCGCUCUCCAUAUCUUUUGGGGGGAGAGCAGUCAGAUGGGCCUCAUCUAUCCUUGCGAGACACGUUUCGCAUCCGUGUUCGCGAUGGUGGAGCGUUUGUUGGCAGUGAGGUCAGCUUUGGAGAGGACGGUGGAUGGCGAUAGUUGGGAGUCGGGGAUUGGCCAUCGUCCUCUGGGUCGCUCUGGCACGACAUCAUCCACCACUCUUCCCACUUCGGCGGAGCAGCUUCAUCGACAGCCAGCCGUUGCAGAUCGAUUGCAGAGAUUGGUGAGGGGCCCGGGACAGCGAUUGGAGGACAGAUUGGAGGGCGGUCCUGUGCCGGUGCAGGGUGACGACGGAGACAGACAGGGGUUGGUAGGUGGAGAUGGUGGUGCGCUGGCCGGAGGUGGAGGCGGUGCCGAGGCUGAUGCGGCGGUUGAGGGGAUACCGAUGGGCGGCGGAGGCGGUUUCAAGGGGGAUGAGGACCGGACACCCCCUGGAGAGACAUCUGCAGAGAGGCUGGAUAGGCUUGAUAGUCGUCGAGCGUGCCUCAUGGCACAGAGGGACCCCAGGACGCAGGAGCUCGCCCGUCUUGCGGCCGAGGACCGACAAAGGCAACUGUGGACAUUUACACCGGCGUCUGUUGACGUGGGGCCAGCUGCCCACACGGAUACUCCGGCAAAGGUUCACGACACGACGCGGCGGGAGGCAGCUUCGGCAGAGGUUUCGAGUACGGAAGUGGAUGUCCAGCAGGGGACGCACGAGAGCGGGUUGGCACCGACAGAGGAGGCAUAUUCGGAGCCAGUGCAACAUCCUGCCGUGGAGCGGAGGCCAGAGGAGACAUUGAAGGAGGUCGCGGGCGUGCCUCUGCCUGCAGGUUCAGUCGAGGGUGCCGUGCAUAUGUCCCCGGGUCUGGAGGACAUACCGACGGGGCAGUCAGUGGGCGUUGAUGAUAUUCGCCCAUCGGCACAGGCAGAGGGGAUAGCGCCGACCACCGGGGGGGACGAGGUCGUAGCGGGGACCGUUGGUGCUGGCGGGUCGGGGGUGCCGUCCGCGGCCGAUCUGAUCUCCACGUGUGGCGGGGGAGACCCCGCACAGGUGGACACGUGUGACGCGGAUGGACAGGAGAUGCCACAAACUUUGGUGGUUCGCACUGCUGUGGGGCCAGUGGUGCCACAUCAGGCACUUUUUUUGGAGGGUUUUAGGCGUCCUGCACAUGGCGGUGGCCCGGUCGAGGAGCGACGUGUAGGCACGGGCGCGUGCAUACCCCCAGUCCCUACUUUUGCGCCGUCACGAACGAGGCCGAAGAUUAGGCAUGUGGCUACGCCUCGAGGCAGCCUCCCUUUUGGUUUUAUGACCGCUGAGGAGUUGGAGGACCACGGCAGGAGGGAUUUGACGGAGAUCGACCAGCGCGUUUUAAGGUCAGUCCCGGAGGAGGGGAAGCUGCCUCACGUGCAGGACUUAUCUUGGGGGCCAGCCAGCCCCAGCUUACCUUCUGGGUGUUCCGUCGCAGCGCCAUCUGGCGGGGCUGCAAGGGGCUUACCUUCUGGAGGUUUCGUCGCAGCGGCAUCGRGCGGGGUCGCAGGGGACUUACCUUCUGAAGGUUGUGUUGCAGCGCCAUCUGGAGGCGCCGCAGGCCCUUCGUCACCGUUGAGCGCAGCUCCGAGGGAGGGCGGCAGCCUCACCCCGAGGUCAGUUGCCCGUAGACGGAGAGACACUACCCAGCGUGCGCGGGAGUUGCUGGACACCAUGUUGUUCGGUCGCACAGAUCGACCAUGGAGUGAGACGAGACGGGUGACGACGGCGAGUGCUGGUCGUCAGCCAGGUUUGAGAGGGGUUUCCACGAGCGCGAGACGUCGAGAUGUUGUAGCUGCAGGGUUUGGCGGUAGAGGGGGUGGCAGCGGUGGCAGUGGUGGUGACGGUGACGACAGACGUGAGGGUGCAGGCGGUGCCACGACGAGCGCAGUGGAUCCGCCGCGGACGUACGGUUUGAGAGAGGCGUCGAUUAUUUUGGAGGAGCCUGAUGUUGUUACACGACUGAGGCAGACCCGACAUGUGCCCUUAGAUCGACGUCAGGAGGGGGAGACUUCAGGGACUGACGGUCUGCCUAUGGCACGCGAGUCACGCCGACGUGAUGACCUAGCAGCAACAGCCAUCAGGACGAUGAGAGGCAGGAGAGUCAUUAUGGACGACGAUCCCGACGAGCUUUCCGUCACUCCCAAGCCUCCCGCUGGCGGACGCGGCGGCCAGCGUCAGAGAGAUCGAGAAGGCGGCAGGGGUCGGUCCCACGGAGGAGUUUCUCAUCGGUCCCAGCGAGAUCCGCGUGCGCACGACGAUCGUUGACGGAUUAUGGACUUGCAUUUUCGUGA